UCAAGAUUGAGAGAAAGGUGGCUUUCCUCAACAAUCAAAUGGCUGAUUGAGUUUGGAUAUCACUCUUCAAUUUGACUUUGAUCAUUUCCUUCUCACAAUAAUAACUGCCUCACAUCGCGACAACACAACAAUCGGUUUUUCUCAUACCUGCUAGUUGCUAUAAACCGGGCGGUAAGAUUCGGUAUGAGCCAGACUGGCAGAAAUAACAAAAUAAAUCUAACAAAACGACAACGUCUCUUCCCAGCAGAAGCAGUAGCAGUAUUUUAAUUUUUAACUUCCUUUUCAAGAUGCGCAGCAAAUCACGAUCAUAAAAUCAUAAUCCAUACGCGAAUAUAAUACUUUCUAUCUUCCUGUAUUCUUCUGGUCCCUUCCCUUCUUCUGCUUGAAAACCAUCCCUUCCAAACUAAAAUUCCUAAUCAAAGUUUUAGUUCUCCGAUUUCAGAUUGAAAAAUGGCAACCGCAGAGAAACAAGUGAUGAUAGUUGGAAUCGAUGACAGCGAGCAUAGCGUGUACGCUUUGGAGUGGACGCUCGAUCAUUUCUUCGUUCCUUUUGGCCCUAGUUCUCCUUUUAAGCUCGUUGUCGUUCACUCUAAACCUACUCCCGCCUCCGCCGUUGGUCUCGCUGGACCUGGAGCUGCUGAGGUUUUGCCCUAUGUGGAUGCUGAUUUAAAGAGGAUAGCUGCUAGAGUUGUUGAGAAAGCUAAGGAGAAGUGCACCAGUAAAUCGGUGAAUGAUGUAGUAUAUGAAGUGGUCGAAGGUGAUGCUAGGAAUGUUCUUUGUGAGGCUGUAGAAAAACACCAUGCUUCAAUACUGGUUGUGGGUAGUCAUGGCUAUGGAGCCAUUAAAAGGGCGGUUCUAGGUAGCGUGAGUGACUAUUGUUCACACCAUGCUCAUUGCAGUGUGAUGAUUGUGAAGAGGCCUAAGAUCAAACACUGAGAAACCUCAUAUGCUCCUAUGAUAGUAAUUGCAUCAUUUACUCGUGUUUAAUGAAAAUAAUUGUGCACCUUGUCAAUGCCACAGAUUCAUGUAUUUCUGCGGACCAUCUUGUUUAAUAUGUAUUUGGUGUUUGCUGUCUCCUUACUUUUAAUUUAUAAUCAUAAACGGGUUGAUUAACCCCAAUCUUCAUGUUA